GGAUUCUCCAGCAUCUGCAGCUCCCAUUAUCUCUGAUACUAUUUGCACCUCGAAUUGUUCGUCACGGAUAGUGACGUACUCGAAUCCAGACGACCUCUGGAGCUCGGAUGUUUCCGUCAAAGAUAAUGACGUAGCCGCGGCUAGCCCGAACGCCCUCGGCUGUUUCCGACCUCCAAUGAGAGGACACCAAGAGAACACCGGCAGCGGCCGUUCAACUCCAAAGCCUCGAAAUGGAAGGAAACAGAGACGAGGCGGAACGCUGCACGGAAAUCGGUUUGAACGCGCUUAAACAUGGCAACAGGGAAGAUGCCCUCAAGUUCUUACGGAAGGCUCAGAAGUUGUACCCGUCGGAGAAAGUGAAAAAUUUGAUAGAAUCCAUGACGCAAAAUGGCCAUCCGUCCGGUAACUUCACCCCAUCAGGGACCACGGAUGCAUCAGAAUGUCACCAAAGGAAAAGAAGCACAUGUUCCAGCUCUGGAUCUGGGGAGGCAGCAGGAGAAACGGCAAAAAGUUACACUGUGGAUCAACUCGAGGCCGUGAAGAGAAUAAAGAAGUGUAAGGAUUACUACGAAAUCUUAGGGCUAAGUAAAGAUGCGACAGAGGAGGACCUGAAGAAAGCCUACAGAAAACUGGCUCUAAAGUUUCACCCUGACAAGAACCAAGCACCAGGAGCUACAGAGGCAUUCAAAGCUAUUGGGAAUGCAUACGCGGUGCUAAGCAACCCAGAGAAGCGGAAACAGUAUGACUUGUACGGUGAUGAGAAACAGGCUGCUAACCGGCACAGUCAUGGUGCCUCUGACUACCAUAGAGGUUUUGAGGCAGAUAUCUCACCUGAAGACCUCUUCAACAUGUUCUUCGGUGGCGGAUUUCCCUCUGGCAAUGUUCAUGUAUAUAGUAAUGGGCGAAUGCGUUACACAUACCACAGACCUGAGCGACGGGACCAGCAGGGUGAUCAGGGUGGAUUGGCACUCCUUGUACAGUUGAUGCCAAUUCUGAUCCUGGUUCUUGUCUCAGUGAUCAGUCAAAUGAUGGUGUCGAGCCCUCCAUACAGUCUGAGCUACAGGCCGUCUACUGGUCACAUUCACAGACGGACAACAGAGGUACUGAAGGUGCACUAUUUUGUGGCAGAUAAAUUUACAACGGAAUAUACGGGACAGAACUUGAAGCUGGUGGAACAGAAUGUGGAAGAAGAUUUCAUUGCAAACUUGCGGAAUAACUGCUGGAAGGAGAAACAGCAGAAAGAGGGUUUGUUGUAUCGUGCUCGCUAUUUUGGAGAUGUGGAUCUCUAUCAGAGGGCCCAGAAAAUGAGCACACCAAGCUGUACCAGGUUAUCAGAAGUGCAGGCUUCCCUGCAUGGUUAGAAUAGAGUCUACCACAUCAAUAACUGGAGACCAGCGAUGGGCGAUGACUACUUUAAAAAAAACAAGACCCUUGAAAUUGUCUUAAGACUGGAUUUUGAUUAGCCAGCAGCAUUUCUGAAAAUACUAGCCUAUGAGCAAACCCCCACCACUGGACUUUUUUGAUGAACUGAAGCAAACAGAGCCAACGCCUCCCCCGCCAGCACCCUGCCGUGUAGACUGUGCUACACUCGUUUGGGGAGGAGACCGACACAAUGCAAAGCAGGAGACACAUGACUACACAUGAACCAAGUUUGUACAUGUGCACUAGUCACUUCUAAAGGAGCAAAUCAGCAUAUGUUGAAUUAAUGAUUUGGAAAUUAUUUAUAGUUGUAUAUACAUUGUACUUUAUCCAGGGGCUGAAAUCAGUUGUAACUUAUUUUGCUCUUCAAUAGAAAUAAAUCUGUAUUGUGAAAAAUA